ACAUGAUCAGCCGGCACAUCCGUACAGUCUUAUCAUAACCUGCAUUGAUCUCCAUUCAUUUAGUAUAUUUUGGAAACCGGAACGCUUGAAUAUACAGAAGUAUUAUGACUACAACGACUAUUUUGUUGUCCAUAUGCUAUUUUGCGCUUACUUCUGUGCAAGGUAUACAUGGAGAUAUAUAUUGUCUGCAAUGUUCUGAUGUAGCUAGCGCACGUGAUUGUUACCAGGUUAAAAAAUGUGGACCGCAACAGGUGUGCUAUUCAACAACAGUGGUUUCAUCAACCGGCCAUAUUUCCAGGGAAAUGGGUUGUCGAGAUAGAGUACAAUGCAGCAAAACCAUUGUGGGAAAAAGAUCACCCUUCCGAAGUGUGGGGGAUACUCCUAUUUGUGAUGAAUGUUGUGACACCAACAUAUGCCAACCAAAGCUUUGUCAGGACAAAGAUUACGCUACAGACAGAGGACAAAUGUGUUUCCACUGUGAUGUACGAGUGAAAAAUGAUCCAUGUUUCCAAGUUACUGAGUGUGCUAGGGACGAGGUGUGCGCUACAACGCAUAAACUAUUGCCAUCAAGAAGUUUUGGGAUACAACAAGGUUGUUUUGGCAAACACACCUGUGCCGCAGUGUUAGCCUCCCCUAACUUUCAUAAAACAAACCAGACAUGCUUCAAAUGUUGUGAUACAGACCUGUGUAAUACUGACUGUGGAAACAACUCUGCAUCUACCAUACAUGUAGCUGGAGCUGGAGCAACUACACAAACUUCUGCUUCCCAUUGUGUUGAUAAAACCCACCAGGCGACCUGUAAGUUGGCAUCCUCUAUUGUCUGUCAAGACAGAAUACAUGCACAGAAUGCGGACUGCAUGCAUUACUGCGGAUUUUGCUGAAUACGUUUGGGAAAUAUAAACCAAAUAAAAGACACUUUCAUUUUACGAUAAAUGAUUUGUUAUAUUUGUUUUAAUUCAACUUCUGUCUGAAAAAGUUUAUUUACCAAAUAAACUAGAAGUAAUCAUCCAUUAUCGGUGAAAAUAUUAAAGAAAUGAUUUUUAUCAGACAGAAUAGGACCUGCAAAUCCACGAAUCACGCCAGCUUAUUUACAUUAUAUUUCCUUUCCAUUUGUAAGAUUAUAUUAUAAAUUUCA